CUAGAUGUACUAAUACACAACAAAUCACAGGAGUAGGAAGUGCAGAGCAAAUGAGUUCUUACUUUGUGAAUAGCACUUUCCCUGGGAGCCUGCCUAAUGGGCAGGACUCCUUUGUGGGUCAGAUACCCCUCUACCCUUCUGGCUAUGAGGCUUUAAGGCAUUUUCAAGGUUCAUAUGGUACAAGUUCCCUCCAGGACAAGUCUUACUCAUCGCCAUGCUUUUACCAGCAAUCUAACACAGUUCUCGCCUGCAACCGAAACUCCUAUGAGUAUGGGGCAUCGUGCUGCUACCCGGACAAGGCCAGCACCAACUCUACUGCCUCUUACCAGGCUGCCAAGAGAACCCAUGCUGGGGAAUAUCUGCAUCUCUCCGCCGAUCAGCCGUACAAAUCCGCCAAUGUACAGAGCAAACUGCUGAGCGAGGACACCAGUGAGAGGAAAUACAGUAACCCUGUCUACCCCUGGAUGCAGAGAGCCAACUCCUGCACCGGUGCAGUGUACGGGAACCACGGCAGAAGAGGAAGACAGACUUACACAAGAUACCAAACCUUAGAACUGGAGAAAGAAUUCCAUUUUAAUAGGUAGACAAGAAGGAGGAGGAUUGAAAUAGCAAAUGCUCUCUGCCUAACAGAACGACAAAUUAAAAUCUGGUUUCAGAACAGGAGAAUGAAAUGGAAGAAGGAAAGCAAGAUUAUUAAUUCCUCACAGUCCAGCAGCGACCCAACAGAGGACAAGCAAGUCGAUGAAAGCGACACAUAGUCAGCAGGCCUCCCUUAUUCAUCUGAAUACUGCACCGUCUGCACACAUACCAUAUACGUGCCAUGUUAAUUCUAUCUUAACUCAUGCAUAAUGACUGCAAAUCCGGGAUCCUCUAGCUGUUAGUGAAGGCAUGCCUGUCUUUUACAUAUAAAAUAUGUUUGCAGAAAUACUCAAACAAAAAAUAUGUUUUCAUUUCACGGAUGCAGAAUAAUUAAUCGGAAAGAGGUCUUAACCUUACUCGACCCUAGAAGGCAAGUUUACUCCAUAUUUUGAGCUCGGAUAUAUUGCAGACUUUGGACUGUUAAUAAGCUAUCUAAACAGAUUUCCAAACAAAUGUGAGCAUGGAAAAAUAAUGUACACACAAAAAGGGGGGAACAAAAAGAAUCCGGAAAUCUGAGGUCAUCCUGUUUUCUGCAUUCCCUGAACAAAGUGUUACUGUCAGCUGCAUUGUAAAUGUAACAAUAAUAUUUACAGCCGCUCAUUGUUGCUAACUGGGCAUACAAGACACCGACCCUUCAUAGUAGCUGGAAGGAAACGCAAAGCGCUAAUUCUGCUUUGCUGAUCAUAAUACCUAAUAUAAGACAACAUAGGGGGACCAGAAGGGAAGAGGGCUAGGACAGCUUAUACUCGCUACCAAACACUUGAGCUGGAGAAGG